AAAUAGAAAUCAUAGAUGCUGUUCCAGUUCUUGCCCAGUCAGUGUGACAAGACAAAAUAAAGCAAUGAAUCAGAGCUUGGGUACAGGAUUCUCCACCACUAAAUAUAUCAGAAAUAUGAAAACGGAAUGCAGGCACCACUCCCAAAACAGAAUAAUUCGUCUCUCUCCCUCUCCAAGUUCAUAUACAUAAGAGUACAAGCCCAUUACUUAACUUUUACAAAGAGACCCAUCGCUGAGUUUUGUUUGCUUCUCGUCCCACAUGCAUUAUCACAUAAUAAUAAUAAUCAAGAGACUAGAAAACACAAUGUGACUUCAAACAACUAUUCAAAGCACUCUCUUCCAAGGAAACCAUCAUGUGCUAUCAUCAUCAAAACUCUUCCUAAUUGAUUCAUAGGCACAUCUCUCUCUCUCACUUUCUUUCUCUGAUGAUCAUCAAUCUAGCUUGCUUCAUGGUCCCCUGCUCCCCAUUGAUCCUGGAACACAAAAGGGUCCAUCCAACUUUUGCUGCAAUCUGAUCCUUGACCCUCUCUAGUAUUGUCAUUACAACCCAACCAUCUAUCUGUAUAUGUAUAAUCGUAUUGGUUCACACUUAGCUUCACAGUGUGCAUCAAACAGCUAGCACACAUUCGUCGGCACAACUGAUCAGAGGGAACUGAAGGAAGCAUGGCUUUGGAAAGCAUGAUCAGCUUAAACGGUGAAACGAAUCAGCUUCUUCAUUUCCAGACAACAUGGCUUCAGCUAAGCUCAUCUUGCUUGUGGGAGAACAUCAGCAUAGUUGUGCACCUUGGGUUCCUGGGAAUCUUAUUAUUCCAUUUCUUCAAAAGAAGCAUAAAAUCACUCUGCAACCAGAGAGAAAAAGUUAGAGCUACGGGCACUGAGAAGUACCCCAUUGGGAAAAAAAAUAGCUUCACUUACAAAGCCUGCAUAGUUUGCUCCACUCUACUACUGGGGUGUCAUUUCCUAAUGCUACUCAUGGUGGUAAAUGGAAACCAAAGAGAGACCCAAUGCAGUUCCAAAGUCUCAGUUUUUUCAUCAGAGAUAAUGCAAAUUAUGUCAUGGGCAAUUACAUUGAUUGCUAUGUACAAAAUUCUAAAUGAAGAGUACAUCAAGUUCCCUUGGAUUCUGAGAUCCUGGUGGUUUUGCAGCUUCUGGCUGUCACUUAUCAGGACAGCCCUUGAUACCCAAAAUAUUAUAAUGAAGCAAGGCACCAUUAUGAUGCAGGAUUAUGCAGACCUCCUUGGUUUUCUUGCAUCCACCUGCCUGUUUGGAAUUUCAAUUCGAGGGAAGACAGGUAUAGUUCCCGUUAUGCCAAAUGGGUUUACUGAGCCACUUGUCCACAGCAAAACUGAACAGCAUUCAGAAGGCAAAAUGGAAUCCUUAUAUGGAAAAGCUUCUCUUCUCCAGCUCAUUACCUUCUCUUGGCUAAACCCAUUGUUUGUUUUAGGGAACAAGAAACCUCUUGACCAGGAUGAAAUCCCAGAAGUUGAUGUGAAGGAGUCUGCUGGUUUUCUAUCCCAUUCCUUCGAUGAAUACCUGAAACAUGUUAAGGAGAGAGAUGGAACUGCAAACCCAUCAAUAUACAAGGCAAUCUUUCUGUUUGCCAGAAAGAAAGCAGCAGGUAAUGCAUUUUUUGCAGUGACAAAUGCCGUAGCAUCAUAUGUUGGUCCAUACCUUAUCAAUGACUUUGUGGACUUCCUAAGCACAAAGAAGAAUAGCAAUUUGAGGACUGGAUACCUACUUGCAUCGGGCUUUCUAGGUGCCAAAAUAGUCGAGACAAUAGCACAGAGGCAAUGGAUUUUUGGGGCACGCCAGCUAGGCCUUCGACUGAGAUCUGCUUUGAUUUCUCGCAUAUACAAAAAGGGCCUACUUUUGUCAUGCCAAUCCCGGCAAAGCCACAGUGGUGGAGAAAUCAUGAACUAUAUGAGUGUGGACGUCCAAAGAAUCACAGACUUCAUCUGGUACGUAAACAUAAUCUGGAUGUUGCCCAUACAAAUUUCCUUAGCAAUGUACGUUCUACAUACAACCAUAGGAUUGGGUUCUCUGGCAACAUUAGCAGCAACUUUGACAAUAAUGGCUUGCAACAUACCCAUUACAAGGAUCCAUAAAAGAUAUCAAACCAAAAUCAUGGAAGCCAAGGAUAAGAGGAUGAAAUCCACUUCAGAAGUUCUCCAUAACAUGAAGACACUGAAACUGCAAGCAUGGGACAGCCGAUUCCUUCACAAGAUAGAAAGCUUGAGAAAAGUAGAGUACAGCUGGCUAUAUAAGUCACUAAAACUCCAGGCAACUUCAACUUUCUUUUUCUGGGGAGCACCCACCAUCAUCUCUGUGGUCACUUUUGGAGCAUGCAUUCUAUUUGGAAUUCAGCUCACUGCCGGAAGGGUCUUGUCUGCAUUGGCUACCUUCAGAAUGUUACAAGACCCUAUAUUCAGUCUACCUGAUUUACUAUCUGUGAUUGCUCAAGGAAAAGUCUCAGCUGAUAGAAUUACUUCUUACCUCCAAGAAGAUGAAAUCCAAUCAGAUGCAAUUGAAUUUAUACCAAAAGAUCAGACAGAAUUUGAAAUCGAGAUCAGCAAUGGGCAAUUCAGCUGGGACCCCGAAUCAAGAAGGCCAACUCUGGACAGUAUACAAUUACAAGUGAAGAGGGGAAUGAAGGUGGCAAUUUGUGGCACUGUUGGAUCAGGGAAGUCGAGUUUGCUCUCAUGCAUGUUGGGAGAGAUGCAGAAGCUGUCAGGAAGUGUGAAGAUCAGUGGUACAAAGGCAUAUGUUUCUCAGUCCCCAUGGAUACUGACUGGGAAUAUCAGAGAAAAUAUUCUUUUUGGAACUCCCUAUGACAGUGCCAAGUAUGACAGAACAGUAAAGGCAUGUGCUUUGGUAAAGGACUUCGAGCUCCUCUCCUGCGGAGACCUAACGGAGAUUGGAGAAAGAGGGAUCAAUAUCAGUGGAGGCCAGAAACAGAGAAUACAAAUUGCACGCGCAGUCUACCAAGAUGCCGAUAUAUAUUUGCUUGAUGACCCUUUCAGUGCUGUGGAUGCCCAUACAGGCACUCAACUCUUUAAGGAGUGCCUCAUGGGGAUUCUCAAGGACAAGACAAUACUUUACAUUACGCACCAAGUCGAGUUUCUUCCUGUGGCAGACCUUGUUCUGGUAAUGGAAAAUGGACGAAUUGCACAAGCUGGGACAUUUGAGGAGCUUUUGGAACAAAAUACAGGAUUUGAAGUCUUAGUUGGAGCACAUUGCCAAGCUCUAGAAUCAAUUCUAACAGUCAGGAAUUCUAGCAGAACUCCUCAAAAUCCAACACCAGAUGUUGAACCCAUUACAGAAGCCACUUCAAAUGCAGAACUUCAAUACACUAAGCAGGACUCGGAGCAUAAUCUCUCUCCAGAGAUUACAGAAAAGGGAGGGAAAUUGCUGCAAGAUGAAGAAAGGGAGAAAGGAAGCAUUGGAAAAGAAGUUUAUUGGUCUUACUUGACCGCUGUAAAGGGUGGCGCAUUAGUUCCAAUAACAAUCUUGGCACAGUCAACGUUCCAAGUAUUGCAGAUAGCCAGUAAUUACUGGAUGGCAUGGGCUUGUCCCCCUUCAACUAAUACCGAGCCAGCAGCUGGGAUGAACUUCAUAUUACUUGUUUAUACACUUCUUGCUGUUGGAAGUUCUCUUUGUGUACUGGUGCGGGCCUCAUUAGUAUCAAUAGUGGGCCUUCUGACAUCACAGCAACUCUUCACCAACAUGCUGCAUAGUGUACUACGAGCUCCAAUGGCAUUCUUUGAUUCAACCCCAACCGGAAGAAUACUAAACCGGGCAUCUACAGACCAAAGUGUGGUAGACUUGGAAAUAGCAAUCAAAUUGGGUUGGUGUGCUUUCUCGAUAAUUCAGAUGGUAGGGACUAUUGCAGUGAUGUCACAGGUAGCAUGGGAAGUGUUUGCCAUCAUCAUUCCAGUAACGGCAAUCUGCAUAUGGUACCAGCAAUAUUACAUACCAACGGCAAGAGAACUAGCCCGCUUAGCAGGCAUACAGAUAUCUCCAAUCCUUCACCAUUUUGCAGAAUCACUUUCUGGAGCAGCAACAAUCCAUGCAUUUGACCAGAGGGACCGCUUCAUUGAUGCAAACCUAGGACUUAUUGACAAUUAUUCAAGGCCAUGGUUUCAUAAUGUGUCAGCAAUGGAAUGGCUUUCUUUCAGAUUGAACCAAUUGUCCAAUUUUGUCUUUGCCUUCUCCUUGGUUUUGCUUGUGACCCUCCCAGAAGGAAUUAUCAAUCCAAGCAUUGCUGGGUUGGCAAUAACAUAUGGAAUCAAUUUGAAUGUUUUGCAAGCUACAGUAAUAUGGAAUAUAUGCAAUGCAGAAAACAAAAUGAUAUCAGUUGAAAGAAUACUUCAGUACUCAAAAAUUGCUAGCGAGGCACCUCUGGUAAUAGAAGACUGCAGACCACCAAGCAAUUGGCCAGAAAUUGGAAGCAUUAGCUUCAAAAAUUUGCAGAUCCGUUAUGCUGAAUAUCUUCCACCAGUACUGAAAAACAUUACAUGCACAUUACCAGGAAGGAAGAAAGUUGGUGUUGUAGGAAGGACAGGCAGUGGGAAAUCAACCCUCAUACAGGCCAUUUUCCGGAUUGUUGAAGCAAACGAGGGAAGAAUUAUAAUUGAUGAUGUAGACAUUUCCAAAAUAGGCCUUCAUGACUUAAGGUCAAGGCUUAGCAUCAUUCCACAAGACCCAACAAUGUUUGAGGGAACAAUUAGGGGAAACCUUGACCCACUGGAACAAUAUUCUGAUCAGCAAAUAUGGGAGGCCUUGGAUAAAAGCCAACUUGGCGAUCUAGUACGUGCAAAGGAAGACAAGUUGGAUUGCACAGUGGUUGAAAAUGGAGAAAAUUGGAGCAUGGGCCAAAGGCAAUUAUUCUGUCUUGGAAGAGCAUUGCUAAAGAGGAGCAGCAUUCUUGUUCUAGAUGAAGCAACUGCAUCAGUUGAUUCUGCAACUGAUGCAGUGAUACAAAACAUCAUUAGUCAAGAAUUCAAAGACCGGACAGUCAUCACAAUAGCUCACCGAAUCCACACAGUUAUAGAUAGUGAUCUCGUCUUGGUCCUUAGUGAAGGAAGAAUAGCAGAGUAUGACACACCAGAGAAGCUGCUGGAAGGAGAAGAUUCCUUCUUCUCAAAACUGAUAAAGGAAUACUCCAUGAGAUCCCAGGGCUUUAACAGCUUAUCGACUCUGCAAAAUUAAACUCUGCUCCCUAGAAUUUCAAUAUCAAUGCUUUCAGGUUCAUCUCAUGAAAUAGAGGUCAUAAGCUAUAAUUAGAACCUGAAACAAGAGAGCACCCAUGUCAGUGAAGAAUGCCUGAAUGAUCUGUCAGGUAUGAUGCAGGAGGCAGGAUCAACUGCCUAGGGGUUCAACCUCUCUGUCAGUUUCUUCUACAGUCAUGCAAUAAGACUAAGGUCAUUCUCCAUUUGGUCUCAGCAUAUCAGAGGCCUUAAAGCUCAAUGAUUUAGACAAAAAUGCUCUCUACAGCCUUCAUGAAGUAGUAAGAAUGUUAGCAGAAAACAAACAUCUGAAAAUGAAUGAUCUGUUAGCCAUGAUACAGGAGGCAGGAUCAAUCGCCUUGGUGUGCAGUAGCUCUGCAAUAGUAAGCAUCAACUAUUCACAAUAAAAGAGUACUGAAAAUUUUUUUCCCAA